AUGGCUGUAAAUAUUCGACAAUUUAUAAAUGUUGGUGGUAUUAUCAGUGAUUUGAAAAGUUUCAAUUUCAGCUUAUAUGGGCAAUGGUUUGGAUACAUCAAUAUUAUUCUUUGCCUCGCAUUAGGCAUAGCAAACUUAUUUCAUGUUAGCGCAGUAAUCGCGUUUGGAAUUGUUAGUAUAGUUCAAGGACUGAUUAUACUUUUUAUUGAGAUCCCGUUUCUGUUGAAGAUAUGUCCAUUGAGUAAUAAUUUUAUUGAAUUUAUUAAGAAAUUCGAAACUAAUGGUUACAGAUGUCUCUUUUAUAUUGGUAUGAGUGUAAUCCAAUGGUGCUCAAUAAUUCUACAAGCAACAAGUUUAAUAGUUGUUGCAGUUGGACUAACAAUAUCAGCAAUCAGCUAUGGCAUUGCAUUCAGUAAGCAUCAGGAAUUUCAAAAUACAAAGAUAUUGAAAAAUCCACAAGAUGACGAUUUCCCACAUGAAGCAAUUGUAAGGGAAAUGUUAUGA